UCAUUUUAUUUCUUCCCCCUCGCGAAAGGAUUUCCUUAGAUCGAAAAAUGUAUCGUCGGCCUAGAGUGUUUUAUUUGCAAUGUAGAUAAAAUCAACACAGAAAUUUAUCGAGUAUCCAGUCUGUUCCGAGCCAUUAAAUGCAUUAGAUUUUUUCCACGUGAAAGAGUUCGUACAGUGCAAACUGCGCACUAUUUUUCUCGUAAUAGUAUCGGGCGCAUGCUCUAUUCAUUUUUCGUUCUUCAAUGGACCGACUAGUCCGCGCGAAACCCUACGCAAACCUAAUUUAAGUAAAUGUGUAGUGCUUUUUACGACCCGGAAAAUUAGUUUGUAAUUUAUUCGGAUGCGUUCAAGUAACGUAUUAUUAUUUUAUAGUGUAUACGGUAUAACGGGUGUCUUACGAGCCGAGAAACUCGAUAAGCGGAAAGAUAGGUACGGCCCUGGUCGAGCUGCUCGACGUCGUCGACGCUGGACGGGUGGCGGCGUCGCAGGCGCUGCCGUCGCGACGCCCGGGACAUCGCAGCAGCCCGGCGGCUCUGGCAGGAUGUCGAUGGUUCGCGUGGCGCGCCCUUCGGGGGGUGUCCAACUGACACUCCGGUGGUUCGUUUCGGUGGCUCUCGACGAUUGAUCGCAGCGUCUCGUCCGUGAACUCUCAACGGAGAAUUAUUAUACGUUCCAUCGGCAAGGUCGCUCAACAAGUUCCGCGGCGGUGCGUGUCGGGAGAGCGGCCGCAAGAUUAAUUGAAAGAGGAAAACAUCCCCCGAUUCUCGCCAUGCAUUCGCGCGCGUUAGUGAAUGCACUCUGAGAAUCACGUGAAUCUCAGUGGCAGCGAGGAACUAUGCUGUGAGUGGGCCACGUUGCCGACUGCGUGUGUUUACCGUCGCGAGUGGGGUGGUUUCGUGCGGUGGCUGGAAACCGUUUCGCGGACGGCCACGGAACCGCGGAGGUUCCGGAUACCAGAGGUGAGCUGACGGCUCCGGUGCCGCGAUCGGAUGUCCGCCAGGGAGGGCAGGAGGGACUACGAGCCGCUGGAUGAAAGUGAAAACGAAUCGGCCCGCGACACGGGGGGAUGAGCCGAAGGAUACGCUGCGCGGAGAACGUCCGGCGGUGCAAACUUCAGACCCCGGCCACCCUCUUUAGAAUUCUACGACCGUGGAGCAAGAAGCUCGUAAAAGACAAAGGGGGUUGGUAGCGUCACAGGGGUGAAGAAGGCGAGGCGCGAGGGAGAGAUCGAAGAGGAAGGAAGGGCGACAGGAAGGUACGCGGAGGAGCGAGAAAGGAGAUAAGAAAGAUGGGAGAAAGCUCACCGGAUCUCAGCCUUCGGCUCCGCCGUGGCAGCUCCGACUCCAGGGAUUCCUUCUACAUGGACUUUGCUCAGGGCAUCGACUCGGACAUCGAGGAGGUGACGCGUCCGGGGGACAACAAUUCUGACCCGAUGAUGGGGAACCACCUCGAGGAGAACGGAAACGAGCUGCCGCCGCCGAUCGAGGACAUCACGACGAUUCCGGAGGAGGCGUCCGAAGAGCUUCGCGAAGAGGAGGAGGCCGCGGCUAUGGAGGCUGCCCUGCGAACACCCGAGGGCCCCAUAAUUAACACGGAAGCAGAGAAACCAACGCAGCAAACCCCGCCCCAGCUCUCCACGCUCGCCCCGCAAGACUGGCCAGGAUUGCCUACUGUGUUACCGUCACCGGCCUCACCGUCCGCGGUAAUCGUUUCGCCGGAAACGCUGUCUAGACACAGCAGCAGCUCACCCUCGCACACCCACCGGCCACCCCAGUUUGCCUUGGCUCUACCAUGUUCCUCGCAGCCGAUUUCCGCGGUGUGCUAUCCGGGCCCGACCUUCCUCGACGUUGGCGAGGACCGGAAGUGGAAGAAACUCGGAUGCCGCGUACGGACGAUGAUCCCAGCUGGUAUCGGUAAUGGUGGUGAGAUACUCGACGUCGAAGAAAGCACCCACAACAGCGACGCCCUGGCAACGACGUUUAGCGCUCUAUACGGAAAGCUGCUGGUCGUCAUGGGAAUCGCCUUUCCCAUGGCGGAAGUAAUAUCCACUUACAUACCGCCGUCGUUCUACGAGGGAUUCUACCUUUACCUCUACUUUGGCAGCAUGAUCUUCCUCGUCUACACGUAUACCACGCUGGUUCGCGGCACCAAGUCCAAGUCAAGAACGUCUGCCGCGUCUUGUUUUACGAAAGAGAAGCGAAAGGAUGUGUGCGACCUGGACUCGUCGCGAUCGUCGAGCGGCGCCGGCGGCGAUAGCGACGCGGUUGACGCCGCCUAUCCGCACGUGGCCGCCGUAAGACCGGCGCAGCACUACGGCAGCUUCUACCUACGAAUGGGCGCCGUGGCGUUCGGGAUCGGUUCGAUGAUUUACUCGGGCCUGGAGUUCGGUCAGUACUUUGAGCUGGAGCAAAACACCAAGUGCCACAAUAUCAUGAUGGCCCUGACGCCGGCCACCAGGAUGGCCUUUAUCUUCAUCCAGAUGUAUUUUAUAUUUCUAAACAACGAGCAAAUGAAAGUUUACCGUCAUCGGGUGAUCGCGCGUUUCGGGCUGAUGCACAUGAUUGGCACAAAUCUGUCGGUUUGGCUGAACGUUCUCGUCCAGGAAACGAAACACGAGAUACUGACGUUCUACAACCCGGAAAACAACUCUCUGAGAAUCUCCCACAGAUUAGGUCCGAAGGGUGGUCUGCAUCUCGGAGGACAGAGUCAUUAUCACCACGGAGAACACCUGAGGCUCCCGAGGGGCUUGAAAGGACCGCAUCACAUGUUCGAGUGUCGACGAACCAACAUAAUGGGCUCGCUGGUCCAGGACGCCAGCCCGUUUCUCUUUCCCUGCACGAUAGAGUACAGCUUGAUCUGCGCCGCGAUCUUGUACGUGAUGUGGAAGAAUAUAUCCAAGGCGGCGUUCUCACCGCCUAAAACGCCAACGGGAUCGCGACAUCACGCCCACGCCUAUAGGAGGUCGCCUCAUCAUUAUAGCGUGGACUGUGCCGGUGCUCACAAAGGCCUGUUCGUCGGCAUCCUGAUCCUGGUGCUAACGAUCAUCUCGUUGAUCCUGUUCUUCGUGCUGAUAUCGCGACCCGAGUUGGUCAACUUCGCGGUCACCGAAGUAAACGUCUGCGAACUGACGUUGUACGGGAUGUCGACGCUAGCUACGCUGAUAGGGAUGUUCCAGAUGCGCAGCCUCCGCUACGACGGUACGAGAAACUUGGAGCUGGACAACAUCCUGUUGGUCGCCGCGCAAACGGGGACGUUUAUUUACUCGACGUUCACGAUUAUCGGCGCCCAGUUCACGUUGGCUAAGAACACGGUGCUGGUGCUGGUAACGGCGUUGGCGAGCGUCGUGCAAACCACUUUGCAAACCAUCUUCAUCCUGGACGCCUCGAGACGAACGGUCGCCACCGCGAAACAGAUCCGAAGGAAACCUGGCAGAGAGAUCGUAACGUUUCUGCUGGUGACGAAUCUCGCGAUGUGGGCGAUCAACACUCUGGAGAAGUCGCGAGCUGAGUCUCAUCCCGUCCAGUUGCACUUUUACGGGCUGUGGGCGUGGACGAUCAUCACGCACGUCUCGAUGCCACUGGCGAUCUUCUACAGGUUUCACAGCACCGUCUGCCUCUGCGAGGUCUGGAAAAGAGCGUACAAGGUUAAACCAACCUACAUGUGACGCAAGGGAUCCCGCGAGGUCGUGUGCAAAACACCGGCUCCACAGAGACCGAAAACUCUGCCAGCCAGGCUGGGUGCCAUCGCGGAGAACGAUCCGAUUUACUUUAUGUAAUCGUAUCAAUCGCUUUCUACGAUUCAGAUCGAACGCUUUUAGGAAAUUUAAGCACAUUGUAGUCAGUUCCGUGUAGUGCAAUUCCGAUUUCGACUGUAACAGAAAAACAUCGCAACUACUUUAACGUAGCCGCGUUUUUUAAACGAGACGCUACAACGUGUUUCAAUUUCAUCGUACUCCGAGCACGGUACUUGGAGCACGGUAAGUGAUCAGUUUAGCGUGGAACAACCUCCGAGUCUGUUCGCGUCCUCCUCCUUCGUAUCCGUUGAAUAUUUAAGAAAAAACUACUACCGGAGACUCCGUUCGAGCGCGUCGCGCGCAGUCCAAGUGUUUCGCAGAGACACGGAAACGUGUUCAUUCUAUUAUAUAUUCGUUGCUCUAGGUAGGUUAUAAUAUAAGUUCUAGAACGCGAGACGCGUCGAACGACCCUCGUGUCAUCGACUUUACAUCGAUCCGGUAGGGACGAGUCUCGGAGAUUGAAGAAACGCGAAAAAUCCACAAAAAGAUUGACUAUUAUCCACACCGUUUCGAAAACUUCGUUUAGAUUAGUGUUUUCCAAGCUAAUGGUACCGAGAAAGAAAAUUUCUAAUGUAGUAAAACGUCAAUCACUCGCACAUCUCUUUCCACGUUAAUAUCAAAGGUUUACGAGCGCACUUAAUUUGCCAAGAGUUUCUCCUUAAACAAAUUAGUCAAAAAUCAAUAAAAACAAUUAAAUUUUGUACGAAUUACAAUAAAGGGAAGAAAACUUAUAAUUACAAGAAGUUUGGAAACCACUGAUUUAGCUUGUUGGAAAGUAUUUUCGGGUCGUUCUUGCGCCGACUAGAUCCUAACGCGCGAUGUACAUACAUGUAGUUGGUGCGCGGUGAUAUUGAAAAACGGACCGCGAUAAAACGAUGUUCGAAAACGAUCGACGGAAGAGUGACGAUGCAAAAUAGCACGAUCGACGACGCACAAUUUUUUUUACUAAGAUUAGUUACGUAGACGAUUAGACGUUUAGAAUCGUCGAAGCGACGGCUCGAUUCCUUCGAUUUCUUCGGGAACAAUAAGAUUUUCUUUAAUACGUACAAGAUAAGACGAUUUUCUACCGAUCAAAAUAGCGAAUGAGAGGGAGAGAGAGAAAUAUGGAUUAAAAAGUAAGAGAGGACCUUUUUUACUUUGGUCGUAGCGUUCGUAAGAGACUGAAAUCUAAGCAACCUUGGGGUGGUUGGCUUAGGCGAUGGAAGAACGAUUCCCCUUCGGACGCGAGUCGACCCGAAUCCGCAUUAAUCCGGAACCCCUGAUCGAUCUGUCCUUCGAUGUUACUCGAAUACUCUCACGGACAUCCGUCUUCCACGUAGUACAAAAUACAACUUAAAUAGCGUCUCUCACGUCCAAGUAGAUAUUUCGUAAAGCUAGCGAUCGAGAGAGACAGGCUGCCAUCCGAAGUCCGAACCGUAACUCUUGUGCCACUAAGAUCGGAUAAAAAAUGCAGUGUUUUAUUCGUUAUCGGUAACGUGCCUCGCGAACGUCCGUUAAGAUAAAAACAGGACGAAAAACCACCGAGUCUGUUUCUGCCGAUUUUACGCAGCAAUCGGUUCAGCGAUCGAUCGAUAUUCGUGUUUUGAGGUAAAUGGAAGCCCUCGAAGACCGGACAUUCGAGCACGUAACACUUGUCCUACACGAUUCCGGCCGAAUCACACCGAAAAAGCACGUUUUCACCGGCUCCUCGCACAACGUUGCAAUUGAAUCGCGAGUCCGAAACCGAGGGUCGGACGUACAGCGACGAAAAAAUGCGGUCGAUUUUGAAGAUGCGGCGGACAUCGAACUCGGCUGAGAAUGCAACGUUGGCGCAGGGGCCAUCGUCCCGUAGACUCCUAUAGAUUCGAAAUCGUACAACUCGGAGUGAUAGAUGCAAGUUAAGUUGCAGAGUUCAAGGGAGCAACAGAGUACAACGGCGAAUCAUAUCAUUAAGCCUUAAUCCGUCGAGAGCGCUGUCCAAGGUUCGAUAACGAGGAAAGGAAACGAGAAAGAGGAUCGAGUUCGAGCACGAUCUUAACUCCGAGAAGGCUGGAUUUUGUUUUGCUAUUUUUUAAUACUAUUUCACCAGGGCUAGUUUAGGUGUCAAAAAGUAUCAACCACGGAUGUCAGCCUAAUAUAUCUAACAUUAAAGCACGACAACAAUAUAUUUAGACACUUUGUUUAAGAGAAAUUCUAAAUCCUUCUGGAAGGACGUUAAUCGUAAAUGGGCUAGUAAAACCGAGACGACCUACUCGAGGGUGUUUUUAUUUUUUUUAUUUUGUUUUGCUUAAAGGACAGUCGCUAAGGAAGAUUGGACAAGAAUGUGGCCGAUCCGUAGAGCGAAUCGAUCGAUGGGCGAUACUAUUUUGCGAGAAUGCGAGUACGUGAGUGUGCAUGUUUUCCGUGUGUUGUGCGACGAUUGCGUGUCCUUUGGGAAUGAACGGCGAAUAGUCGAAAGACGGAAGAACGACGAAACGAACGUUGUCACGAGGACGCUAUUCAAUUAACGCGUGUUUCGUGCUAACGACUAGCUUCUUUCGACGACUAGCGUUCAACGAUGCCGGUCUACACGAUGAUUCGAAUGAUUUUUCUUUUCGUAUAAGAUACAGUUCGACUGCGAGACGGCUGUAAAUAUGCGAACGAGUAAAAGAUUAAGCGAUGAGAAAAAGGACGGAUCCUCUCGGUGUUUAGAGCUAGUUGUGUCGACAUGUUUCUUCCUAUAUUAUAUAUAAUAUAUACACAUAUAUAUACAAAAUAUAAAUAUAUUUAUUAUUGCGUUGUUCUAUUAUAAUAUUUAUUGUAUUAUCAGAUAUAGGAUUUACGCGCGAUACGUUACAUUUAUUGAUCGGGGCUCGUGUCGAGAUCCAUCGUUUCUCUACAUCCGGUAACCGUUUCACCUGUUUUCUCCGCCUAUUCCCUUCCUUUUCUCUUUUACUUCGUCCUCGGUGUCGGAGACGUUAAACGAUACGUUCGAUUUCCGUAAUGUUUCCUCGUGUCCGUUCGAUGUUGGAGCUGACACGAUCUCGGCACGAGUCUUAGCCGAAAUUUAAACAAAUCACGAGAUCAAAUCACGAGGUAAGUCACGAUGUGCGCAAGUCGGGUUCGCGAGUCGAACAAGAAUGCACGCGAAAAAUAUCCUUCUACGUCACGUCUCUAAACUGUACUUUUUCUAUGUCCGCAUACUCUAGUUCCUACGCAAUGUUUGUACUCUUAUACCCUUUGUACUAUUUGUACCUUACGAAUUGCAAUACACUCGUCCGCAAUAAUAACUUGGCUUACGUUAUUCCAACCACGCGGCCGCACUACCCUCGACGUCUCCAAGCUGGCGCAUGUAAAUAAACAAAAGGUAGGAUUCAUGUCGUAUCCAGCAAACCAAACAAAAAUAACACGAAACAAAGUCGAGCGUCGAAACAAG